GUUAGGGUUGGCUUAUCGUUCUCCUUACCGUCAAACUCUAAUUAAGAGCCUCUCUCACACACUCGACUCUGAGGGGAAGAAGAAAACUAGCAGGUUCGCGUGAAUGACGAACUUACGUGGAUUUCAAUCAGUCAUGAUUCUCCACCUGGGCUGUAAAGUGCAGUUAGUUGUAAACCACUGUUUCCACUCUCCAUAAUUCCUUUGUCUUCCCCAUUGGCCACUCCUCUCUCUGGAUUUUAAACCUAGAUCAAAGGUGACGGUGAUUUAAGAAAAGCGUGGGAGAAAAAAAUCGAGGAACAUUUGAAAUCCGAUGUGAAAUGGUAGAAGGUUGUAAACGAUGGUGACGAAUUUUGAUCUGUCUUCUGCAUUCAUCGCCGAUCUCCGCCAAAAUCGUUGCCUCCAUGAGAUGACCACACGCGACCUUCAUUGAUCACUCCAUUCACUCUUCCUUCACCGAACACAAUACGACUCUCUCUCAUUUCUUCACUCGGGUGAAAUUAAUAUACAAGAUCAGUGUUUCAUCUGUCUGUGAACCCAAUUCUUUGAAAGAAAUCUCCUUUGAAAGUUGCUAAACCUGGCUCUGUUGAACCUGUCUAUAACCCUGUAUAGAUCGUAUUGUUGAUACUGUCGGAAAGAGCUGGUCAAAAACAUUCUGAAGCGUUUUCUACUACGUCAUAUAGGCAAUUUGGUUCUUUACUCAAGAAGGAGAAGUUAAUCUUGUUUUGUGUAAUGAAAAGGAUCUAAGAAUUGCUUGGCAGUACAAGAAGUACUUUGAGGUUGAUAUUCCAGCUUUGCAAGGGUGUUGUUUUCUGCCACUAUCAUCGAAUCUUGCACAAGUAUUUGUUGUUUUGAAGGACCGAUGAGAUUUUUGUAUUCUCAUCAACUAUUUGUGCCUUGUGGAGUAACUUGAGUGCGGGUUCAAGCUCAUUCAUUGAUUCAUAGAUAGCUGAAACAUUAGUAAGACCAGUAGCAAUCUCUUCUGGAGGGACCCCAGGCAUGGGAUUCUCAUAGAUUCUAAGUGCACUCUCACAAAAUAACUUUGAUUCCCUUAUCUUCAGCAAACAAUAAGUCCAUUGAUGAAAGUCCACGUAUUACAAGUGAUGCAUAGGGAACAGUGUUGAUUACACCUUGCAUGUGGAAUUGUUCAAAACGACCUUGUUAUUUAUUUGAAACAAUUUUGAAACAAUUUGCGAAGUACCACAAUCCAGAGGAAACUGGAUAAAAUUCUAUAGGAAAAAGACACACAAGCUGAUUCUUUGAAACAAUUUUCUUGGAUGGGGCUUGACAAAACUGCUGAGCUUGUCUUGAAGGAUAUAAUUUGCAGAUUUUAUUUACUGGAAUAGGAGUUUACAAUGUGUGUUAUACUGGACUGAUUUUCCAUUCUGAGAUAUAGCAACCUUACAAGCCAAGAAUGAACUUACUUUUAAGAAUAAGGCAUUAUUUACCGAAUGGUUUAUAUAGACAGCCUUUUCAUCGAACCUUGGUAGGGCUUAAUGCUAGUAAUGUAAAAGUAUUUUCAAGAAAUCUUGGUCAAGCUGCAAGGAAAGAGGAGGAGGAGGAGGAUGUCGAGGAAGUGGAAAUCGACCAAAGAAGUCUCCCAGCUGAUUUUGAUCCUGCAACAUUUGAUCCUACUGAGCACCGUAGCCCUCCAUCAGAAAGAGUUUUCAGGCUUGUUGAUGAAAUGGCAUCUCUUACGCUAGCCGAAGCUGCCGAAUUGGGUCUCAUUCUGAUGAAGAAAAUGGGGAUUAAGGAGUUGCCUAACGUGGGGUUUAUGAAACCCGGAGCUGCGAGUUUGGCCGGAAUGGCAACAAAAGCACCAGCAGCAGCCAAGGAGGAGCAAAAGCCAGAAAAAACUGUAUUUGAAUUGAAACUGGAGUCCUAUGAAGCGGCUUCGAAAAUUAAAGUCAUUAAGGAGGUUCGCGGUUUUACUGAUUUAGGUUUGAAGGAGGCAAAGGAUUUGGUUGAAAAAACACCUUCUAUUAUUAAGAAAGGUGUUUCAAAGGAAGAAGGAGAACAGAUAAUAGAGAAAAUGAAAGCUCUUGGUGCAAAAGUUGUUCUGGAAUGAAGUGAUGUAUGUUGUUUCUUGGAAAGAUGUUUCUUCCAGUAUUCAAAAUUUUUACAAGUUACCUGAAAUUUUGAAAAUUUCAUGUUGUUGGCCAAGGAUACCACAAAUUUUGCUGGUGUUGUGUUUCAAGUUGUGCUCAUUUUUUAGCAUAAACCGAAAAUUUGAUUUUUUGCAGCUAUGAAACAUUAUCCUUCGUGUCCUUCUAUAUUGAAUAAAAGUAGUA